AUGGAAAAAAUACAAAUACGGGACGCAGGCGUCUCCGAAGACGACGCAGCGUUCAUCGUAGAAGCAUUCGACUCAACACUGCCGCACCUCACGGCAAUCGGCAGCAGCGGGAUGUGGGGUUUGACGCCCUUUUCACAAAAGGACGGAUUCACAGAAGAAACUAUCAAGGACGUCCGAGACUCAUGCACGCACCGGCUGACAGGCGAAGGAGAGGCUCUACGCAUCUUCAUCGCUGAAGUCGAAGUCAGCAGGUCGGAUGAUGAGACCCCGCACGCCGGUCUCCGCUUCCGUACCGAUGAUAACGGCACGCGGUACCUCUCCGUCGGGGCCGCGUUCGUCCGUGAGAAUUGGGUGCCUGGUCACCUCGAGGCACAGUUUCAUGUGGAUGGCAUCCGGGCUGAGUUGGAGGGGAGGGAGGACUUUGUGUUUCUGGAUGUGCUUGUCACGGAUUACCGGGCGGGUGAGCUCCGGAAGGGUGCCGGGGAGGUGUUGAUGAAGAAGGCGGGGGAGUUUGGGGUUGAGAGGGGGAAGAAGGUGCUUUAUCUUGAUGCUUGGAGCGGCAAUGAGAGGAAGCUGGUCAGCUCCAAACGGGAGCUGACGAGGACGACCUCGUCGAACCUCCGCACCGGUGCCGCUGGUCGCACAAGCUUGCGCCCAACGACAACCCGCACCUCUAACUUGCGAUACCAAAGUGGCCCUCCGAGAGUCGAGAGAAGCCGCGCGACCUCGCCUGCCGAGUCUGUCGCCUCCGUCGCCACGACCGCAACGAAACGUAAGGAGCGCGACUACGAGUACGAGGCCCCUGGCGGCGAGACCAACAUCAGUGUCGUCGUGAGAUGCAGAGGCCGCAAUGAGCGCGAGGUUCGCGAAAACAGUGCCCAGGUCGUCCGCGCGGACGGCGCCAAGGGAGAGAACAUCGAGCUGUCGCUCGGCCCUAAUGCCCUCAGCAACAAGACUUACAACUUUGAUCGCGUCUUUUCUGCCGCGGCUGACCAGACCAUGGUCUUUGACGAUGUCGUCAAGCCCAUUCUCGAGGAGAUGCUCGCCGGUUUCAACUGCACCAUUUUCGCUUAUGGCCAGACCGGCACCGGCAAGACUUACACCAUGUCCGGUGACAUGACUGAGACUCUGGGUCUACUGUCCGACGGUGCCGGUAUCAUUCCGAGAGUUCUCCACGCGUUGUUCAACAAACUCGAAGUCGACGAUACCGAAAGCUGCGUCAAGUGCUCCUUCAUCGAGCUUUACAAUGAAGAAUUGCGCGAUCUGAUCUCUAUCGAGGAAGGUCACAAGCUAAAGAUCUACGAUGACACUUCAAGGAGAGGACAUGCAACCACCGUCGUCCAGGGUAUGGAGGAGAGACACAUCAAGACUGCCACCGAGGGCAUCAAGGUUCUUCAGGAUGGAAGCUUGAAGCGCCAAGUCGCGGCGACCAAGUGCAACGAUCUUAGCAGUCGAAGUCACACGGUCUUUACCAUUACCGCAUACGUCCGCAAGAGGGGCGAGGACGGCGAGGAGGACUACGUCAGCGCUGGCAAGUUGAACCUGGUUGAUUUGGCUGGCAGCGAAAACAUCCAGCGAUCCGGCGCCGAGAACAAGCGGGCCGCCGAGGCAGGCUUGAUCAACAAGAGUCUUUUGACCCUCGGCCGAGUCAUCAACGCCUUGGUGGACAAGAGCCAGCACAUUCCCUACAGAGAGUCCAAGCUCACGCGACUUCUCCAAGACUCCCUCGGUGGACGCACCAAGACAUGCAUCAUUGCAACGAUUUCUCCCGCAAAGAGCAACCUGGAGGAAACCAUUUCCACACUCGACUAUGCUUUCCGCGCCAAGAACAUCCGCAACAAGCCUCAACUCAAUGCUAUGAUCAACAAGAAGAUGCUGCUUAGGGAUUUCGCUACCGAGAUCGAGAGGCUGAAGAGCGAGUUGAUUACCACUCGGCUGCGCAACGGUGUCUACCUCUCGAACGAGUCGUACGAAGAGAUGACGGCACAGAGCGAAUCGCGACGCAUCGUCAUGGAGGAGCAAGCGGCGAAGAUGGAAACCCUCGAAAACAACCUCAAGAACAAGGUUCAGGAGCUCUUCGCUCUGACCUCCAGCUUCAUGGGGUUGAAGAAGGACCACGAAGGCACCAAGGCUGAGCUUGAUGAGACACAGGGUGUCCUCGACCAGACUGAGCUUGUCCUCGCGGCUACUCGCAAGAGCCUCGCCGAGGAGACGCACCUUCGCAAAGCCCACCAAGAAACCGAGGAGAAGUUGGUCGAGGUCGGCGGCGAGCUAAUUGCCACUCUGCAAAAGACUGUGAACGACGUUGACGGUCUUCGGGCCAAGAACAAGCGCAAGUCGGAUCUACAGUCCAUCAACCGCAGCGCCUGGGGUACCGCCCAGGCCGAGGUCGCCGAGGUGACGACUUUGGUGGAACAAAGAGUACAGAGCUUCCAGGACAGGCAGCGGGACAACAUCUCGGGUAUUUCUGAGCGCAUGAACACUUUCGUCAGCGAGGAACUGAAGAAGCUGUCCGACACCCAGAAGUUCCUUGACGAGCAGUUGGAGUCGUUUGCUGAGUCGAAGAAAGAGCUCCUGGAGCAAAAGGAGAAGUCCAAGGAUGAGAUGGAUGACGUUCUUGAGGAGAUCAAGGUCGUCCGCGACACUGUCAAGCAGCAAGUUGGAGAAAGCCUCCAAGCGAUCGCCGGUGCUGCGGAGCGCAUUGCCGCUGACGUUCUCAGCGAGCUUGACACGUUCCACAACCAGCUCCAUACUUCGUACAGCUCUUUGGGCAAGGAGUUCAAGGGCAUUUUCGAGGAGCUCAUGAACCACAUUACCGAACAGCGAAGCGAGUCUGAUAGACUCAGGCAACAGCUCCAAAGCGCGACCGACACCAUUGUCGAGCAGAAUGCCAACAUCUCUGCUCAGAUGCAACAAGUGUUGGAAGAGGAGCGGGAGCAAGCCGCACAGGAUCGACAGAACCUGUUGGCUCAAAUCACUACGCUCAUCACCGCCCAGGCCCAGACUCAGGAGACGCGUCUUGCCGAUAAGGCUGCCCAGCUCCAGAAGAGCGUCCAGGAUUCGAAUGUUUCCCUGCAAGGCAGCGUGGCUCAAUAUGCCGAGGACAUGGAUGCCUGGGACUCGAAGGAGGGCCAGUUGCUGGAGGGCGUUGCCAAGUCUCGUGACACGAUGAAGAACAAGCUGAAGGAUGACUGGAACACUGCCAACGAGCACAGCACCGCCAUCCAGGCAACCACAAAGUCUGUUCACGCUGAGACCGUCCGCGUUGUCGAUGAGCAGCUCAAGGACCUCGAUGUCCAGAUGGAGGCUCUGGACGAUUUCGUUACCCGUGCCCGGUCCGAGAACGCCUCCCACCACGAACGCCACGGCGAGUCCAUGCAAGGCUUGUCAUCUACCGUCGAGCAAUCCUUUGACAACAUUUCGAGCCAUUUCAAGGUCACCUUUGACCGUGUUAAGGAUCUUGGCGAAGAGAUGGAUACCGAGACGAGCGAGAUGCAGCAAGGUCUCGAGCCGCUCACACAGCAGCUCUGCCAGCCGUUGACGAACCUCCGCGAGGAUAUCGAGGCCACCACCAUCAAGGAGUACAGACCCACGGGUGAGACUCCCAUGAAGGUCCAGUACCAGUACCCGACCGACCUCCCCCGGACCGAAGCGCACGAAUCUCUCCUGGCCGGCCUCAAGGACGAGUCUACCCCGACCAAGCCCAUCGGUGAGUCGAUGGUCUUCCCCGACAUGGACCAUGAUUUCCACCGCUCGCCACCGGCGCGCCAGUCGACCCGUAUGUCGACCCUCAGCAUGAUUUCGGAGAUGCCCCCUUUUACUAUGAGCCUGCGCGAAGUCAACCCUAACACGACUAGCAACCUUGCCUUCGACCCCUCGGCGAGCAUGAUGUCCAUCAACGAGAACACGGCUCCGCUCCUGUUCAACAAGCGCACCUCGACGAGGUUCCCGCAAAAGGGACGCAAGCAGAGCAGCCUGCUCCCCAGUGAGGGGCGGGAAAAUGUGCCCCUUAACUCAUUCUCGCAGAGCCUGGGACCCCGAAGGAAGAGCCCUCGCCUGAACUGA